AUGCGAGUGUCUAUACGACGAGUAUCAUUGCUACGACAUUUUCACCAAGCUUCCCCGAGAUUGUUUCAUGCUUCUCCAUUGUUCAAGUCACAAUUCUUCUCAUCAAAUGACUCCACAGGUGAAAAAUCUCUGACUGCAGCGUCUAUCGCAAAAUCAGAUGAAUUGUCUCGACAAUGCGUGUCAGGAAGUACGCAUUUUUCGUAUCGCUCUUUUCUCGAUCCGUCAAACUCACUUCCUGAGGUGGAAAUCACAAGUCCAGUUAUAAAAGCUCUUGCUAGUCUGAUGACGUUCAAAAAGGUAUCACUGUGGCAGCAGGUCUGUCAAAAGAACAUUGAAGAGCCUUCUGCGGUUGGCUCAGUCAUCGAAUUCCAUUCAGGCAUGGCGGAAAUUGAGUUGGGUGUUGUAUUGCAGCCACCAACCUCUAUAUUCCACCACUUUCACAACAGAAUGAUUGUCCUCACAAUGAAUAAUGAACUUAAACGUGUCCAUCCUCAAGAUGUAACAUUCGUUGCAAAUGAGGUCUUCCAACCAGAAUGGAUACGUUCCUUGGAUAUAAUCCUGAAUAGGUUCAUCGAGACAUUUGCACCCAGGGCCGAGUUAGUUCAACUAGUGCAUUACUUCCUCGCUACCUCAAGAUCAUUCUCUCCAAUUAUAGAUGAGCUUUCGCCACGUUUACAUUCUCAUAUCGCCAGUGAAAGCGGCACUGCACCAGUCACCAUCCUCAAACUUGUAAAUAUGAUAUCCCUUUUUAAGCCGGUACAUUGUGAGAACUACUUAGAACAGUCUGCAUUCCUUAUGGCUAUUCACUCUCAUCUCUGUUCCGACUUCCAGCAUUGGAUGGUGCCUGGGUGCAUGCCUAUGGAGAGAACCACAAACCUCUCCUCCCUAAAAUUUUCUAACAGCAUUCCAUAUCAUACAUUAUACUUUGCGACUCCACUUCCAGUGAUGUCGGAUUCAAUAGAGUUGAUGGAAUUUGAUCAGACAGUUCUACAAGACUUCAAUGCUCUCGCCUCGGACAUACUCAAAAGAAAGCCAAGCUUCGACGAUUUAACAGUACUUUUCAGUAUUUGGAAAGAGUCCAAGUUCAAGCCAAUAUUGAACAUGAUCAAAUUUGCAAUCAUCUAUCCUCAUCCCGGUCUCUUGAAACAACUUGCCAAUUGCAAGUUGCUAGGAACUACGCCCUUAACACAGAAAAGCCUCUAUGACUUCAUGGUAUCACUCGGAGUAUACGAAAACCUGGAAAAUGCUAUGACAGAUCCCUUAUUGUCAUCCAAUCUACUUGCGUCGCUCCGACAAACAUCUUUGGUCGCCUCCUCGGUCAAGGAUCUAGAUAACACCCCAUUGUCCAAGAUUGGAAGAGCGUCCGAUGAACGAAACUUCAGAGAGCAUUUCCAACAUUUAAGAAAACGACCUUAUUUCAACGAUCAUGUCAUGUAUCUCCUUCCUGGUCAGCUGAGCAUGGGUGUAUCCUUGGAAAAGGUGAGCACCAGGAAAUAUUUAAUUAAUAUCCACAUUGUGGACCCUGCGACAAAGGUGACUCCUUCUUCUUCAAUUUUCAGGGAAUGGGCUCUGAAUUCUGCCAUGUUCGUGAACAGGUUCUUUCCCAACCAUGAUUCGUCGAGUCCGCUUCUUCCCGAAAGUCUUUUGAAACAGAUGAACUUCACAGAGACUUGCUCCAACAAAACUGCAGACUAUUUUAGAGUUGGUGAUCUCAAUUUCAUGGAAGGCUCUAAGAAUUUGCCAACGAAGUUUCAAUCAUGCAUGACUGUCACCUUUGCAUACAACCCUUCUUUGCAAGAUCAAUUAAAAAAUAUGGCAGAAAAGGUGUCUAUUUCAUUUGACAAUAUCUCACGGUCGAAAAUCAUCAGACUAGAUGAAACGAACUUAGAAGCAAGUCUUCUGGGGGAGUCACAACCGAGUCUUCUUAAAACAUUUAGACUAUUCAAUCGAGCUAAACCUUCCGAAGUUAAGGAAAUGGAUCUUGAUAUUGAUGACCAUCAAAAUCUCAAAUUCAUCGAGACAUUCCUCAAAAUACAUUUCACGUUGAGAAACAGAAACAAUGCCACGGCAGUGCAACCUCACUCCGGCAGUUUGAUUCGGAAGGUCCAUCAUUUCGAUGAAGAAAAUGGCACUAUCAAGACGGACCUUCAAUUGAGUCGCUCUUCUCCCGAACAACGGGCUUUGUUUUUCAAAUCUGAGACGAACAUGCUCUUGGGAGCUUUAACCGCGAUGUAUUGCACAAACAACAACGUUCCGGUGAUAUUUCGUAACCAGAACUUUGCGGACAGAAGCGGUUAUUCUGAAGGCGAAGGUAUUAUCAUUAAGCACAAAAAUGCUUUCUUCCCGGAGUUUACAGCAAAAUCAUACUCUCAGACUGCGUUCGCUAGAGACAAAAACGGAUAUGUGUCAAUGCCUGCUGCAAAAUUCGCAUACAAUCAUUUGGAUCGUGAACAAUUGGAGACUGGAACAACUGGUCAAAACAUUGGGUAUGGCCUCGAGAACGGGUACGUGAACGUAGGUGAUCCUACCGAGAACAUUGAGGCUUUUCUCAAUCAGCUACAAAUACUUACACAUGUGCAUUUCAAAACUGUCGAAGGAAGCCUUGCCACUGAUUUCAGUCGAUACUCUCAUUUGAAGGCAUUAGGCUAUCAGCUUCAUGGCUCCUUGGAUCAAUCAGUGCUUCAAGGACAUACUGCCGAAUUGGACUGCGCACAGAUGGCUGCAAAUUAUUACCAACAAAAAUCUGAACGAUACUGGAUUCUUCGGAAACUCGAGACCGAGCCGGAAAUUUUGGACAAAUAUUCAUGUGUGGUGACGCGAGUGCACGAAGAAGGAAUUGUUUUGACCAGAAACAAUUCAUCAGCACGGUCUGGCUUUGAAUUACGGCCAGACGUCACUGUGACCACAAGUGGCUACUGCGAAGAGUUGAGGAUGGAAGUUUUCGUAGUCAUCCCUGCUAAUUCUCCCAAUGCUAUUGGAACGGAAAUUAUUGCCAAAACAAUUGUUUAUGUCGACGCAAUUUCGGGAAUUUUGGUUUUGGAGUGA